AUGUCUCCUACACAUCAAGUUAAGUAUGCUGGAUUUGGUUACACGCCAUCAGUAAGAUUGAACCCGAGCAUCAGGCCAACAAACUGCUUGAAACAAUCACCUAGCAGUCAUGCAUCUGUUGUACCUCUUCUGCCCAAUGAAACAAACUUAGGUUUUUUUUUUAGUUCUCCAGAACUGAACGGCCACAAAGUUACUAGUGACCAGUUGAUUGUAAGACUUCUCAAUGAGAAAAGAAAACGAAUGAUGACCACAAGUAUUGAUGACUUGCCCAAUCUUGAUAACAUCAAUCUGGUCAAAAGAAGAAAAAUGGAGAUUGAAAAAGAUGAUGAUUCUCCUCAAACUGAGCCAUCGUCAUACUUGUCUGCAUCUUCGUUCACUUCAAUUGAGUUAAGAAGACCUCCAUUGAAGCGAUCUUGCCAUGACGACGGUGAGGAAGAGAGUCUAAAUUCUAUCAGGAAACUGAAAAUUGUUGAUGUCAGGGAAGUUAGAGGAGCAGCAUCUUCAAUUGAUAAGACACUGCCAACGUCCUCUGCAUGUUCAACAGAUUCUCAACUGCAAAUACCAUUACUUGAACAAAAACAACAAGCUUCAUAUCAAGAAACAUGUAAUAUUUCAAAGUCAUAUAUGUGGAACACAACUAGAAACCCUGCAGCUGUGUCGCAUUUGUCGAGCAGAAGAUAUAUGGAAAGAAAGUUGAGAGAUUUGACGAAGGACAGCAUCAGCAGUAACAGCAUUCUUGCAGCCAGUAGCAGUAGAAGUAGUUGUGAAAGCAGUUCUCAGCAUGGGGAUGAUCAUGACGUGACUUGCUCUGGCGUUUUUGGUCUACAACAUAGUCCAGUUCCAACGGAUGAUAGCAGUUCAACUAAAGGGUUUCUAUACAGUGCACUGAUGGAUGAGAAAUCAAGUCCUUCAAAAUACGCUUGCUUGCUUGAGAAGAAGCACACAUUCAAAAGGGAAAUUACUUCUGAUUUACCAAAAAAGCGUGAAGUUUGUAUUUUUUUGAUCAGUGUGUCGGAUGCUAUGGAGAUGUCCGGUGAGUCGAUAUUCUCAUUUGGUAAGUUUUUCAAAUAUGAUAUGCACAAGAAGUUCAUUUUACACAGUCUUGGCCAGAAAUUGUCCAUAAUUUGUUUUCAGUUAUCCAACAAAUUAUUCUAUAUAUCACUGUGUAACGACCUAACAUAUCGUUUUGAUGUAACGUCUGAAGACUUGAAAAAAGACAAGAACUUGAGCUAUGAACGAAUUCACACGCUCAUGAGAUUGAAAAAAACGUCAGUAAAGAAAAAUGCAUCAGUGAAAAUUGAAGAUAUUUCAGAUGUCACGUCAGGAUCCAAUGCAAGCGUUCCAGAUGUAAUCAAAAUAGUUUCUUCGGGGUCGCCAGAGAGCACUUUCUCAAAUGUUACAACAAAAAGCACUGUUGCUCCAUCACAUUUUAUCCACACUUCCAAUAGUGUCAUCAUUACCAUCUACUUCUACGAUGGUAACAUUAGCAAACAUUUCCCCAAGCGUGACUUCAAAUGUUUCCUCGAUUGUUUCACCAAAUGUGUCCUCAAGCAUUUCUUCAAAUGUUUCCUCGAGUAUUACAUCAAACGUGUCCUCAAGUAUUUUGAUAAAACCUGCCAUUGCCUCUCUGAAUUUUAUAACUUACUCAUCGUCACAUGCUUCUCCAAUCUCUUGGAAUAA